CGUCAUUACACGCGACAAUGUUUGGCUAGCAAUUGGUUUCUUAAAUCGGGGUUGUUUAAAGAUGGCAAAUCGUACUGUUAAAGAUGCUCAUAGCAUUCAUGGAACUAAUCCGCAGUACCUUGUAGAAAAAAUAAUCCGUACAAGGAUUUAUGAGUCUAAAUAUUGGAAGGAGGAGUGUUUUGGUCUUACUGCUGAACUUGUUGUAGAUAAAGCCAUGGAAUUGAAGUACAUCGGUGGUGUAUAUGGUGGUAACAUCAAGCCUGCCCCCUUUCUCUGCCUCACCUUGAAGAUGCUGCAGAUACAACCUGAAAAGGACAUCAUUGUUGAAUUUAUAAAGAAUGAAGAUUUCAAGUUAAUGGAGGUGUUUAUUUUUGCAGAAUUUGAGCUGAUGCACGUAGAUGAGUUUAUUGAUCUACUGCUCCACGAUGAACGUUGUUGUGACAUCAUCCUACCUAGAUUGCAGAAACGAUUUGUUUUAGAAGAGGCAGAACUUCUUGAUACACGGGUUAGUGCACUGGAAGAAGACUUGGAUGAUGUAGAGUCCAGCGAAGAGGAAGAUGAUGAUGAAGAUGACAGGCUGGAACGCCCACCAUCUGUAGACCAUUACAGGAGAGGUUACAGAGAUUUGGACCGACCACGUAGAUCUCCAUCACCACGGUAUAGGAGAAGCAGAAGCAGGUCACCACGUCGGAGGAGUCGGUCACCCAAACGGAGGAGCCCUUCACCAAGGCGAGAAAGACAUCGCAGUAAAAGUCCAAGACGUCAUCGUAGCAGGUCCAGAGACAGACGUCACAGAUCAAAAUCUCCAGGACACCAUCGAAGUCAUAGGCACAGAAGCCAUUCCAAAUCCCCUGAAAGGUCCAAGAAAAGUCACAAGAAGAGUCGGAGAGGAAAUGAAUGAAGCAACCACAGAACUGUUAAUAGUCUUCAGCACUUUUGUAGCUAAAGGACAUUGUACAUAUGAUACAUUUUUUCAUUGAUAUGUAAACUUUUUAAUUAAAAAAAAAACUCUAAAUGACAGAGUAAAGGUAACUAAAAUAACAUGGUGAGUGUGUUUAUAUUUUGUAUGAUGUAUGUUUGUGGAGUAUGAAAGAUUUCAGUAAAUUUGCAGUUAAAUUGUGUUCUGAGCUACAAAGUUUGCAGAUUUGCCUAUUUCAUGAAAAAGGCAAUAUAUAUCGAGUAAUUGCCUAAAAAAUAAUUUUUCAGCUUUUAGUAAGCUGUCUUCCAUUAAUUCUCUUCUGUCUGGCACUAACUUACCCCAGGUAUCUAUGGUUUUCCAGCCCAAACACCUGGACUCAAGGCCUAAGAUGAAACAUGUUCACGGUACAGGAUCCCUUAGCCUAGUACAUUUUGUGAAAUGAAGCUUCAUCUGUCCCGCACCGGAGUGCUGUCUGUAAAACGAGGCCUUAGCAGCUGUCCACAGUUAAUACUUAACACAAUUAAUUGACUGAUUUUGAUAAUUAACUGUGCAAACCAUUUUUGGACAGUUUUUAUUUUGUUCUGUUUCUUACGAUGGUAGGAUGCUUCUUAAGUACAUCAUUCAUUCCUCCCUUUACAAUUGAUGGUGUGUCUUAACACCCUGCCACCUCUGAGUCUCUAUUUGCUACAUACUGGGCAUCUCCAGCCCUUGCUUCCCUCAAAAUGUAGGCUUUUCAAGGUCUGACUUGCUGAUAAUAUGGCUUAUGUUCAUAUUUGAGUUUAGCAGCAUUUAAGUGGGUCAGACCAGUUUAAGACUAUGAAGGAUCGAUAAAAUGUCUAGAUUAUUGAGAGAGAGAUUAGGUGAUUUGCAUAGUGCCACAGUAUUUCAGGUGAAACCAGUGCAUGAGAAGUUUUCUUCUAUGUUAUGAAAUGAUAGUUAAACACUUGCAGAUAAUGUUUUUAAUAUAUUUUUAGAAAUGUAUUUUUUUAACUACAUAUGCUUGCUUUGUAUUUGUAUUGUGCCAGAUCCACAAUUUUCUCAAUAGACAACAUCUCUAAGACACAUCACCAUUUUGAUUUUAUUUUGCUGUUUCUGUUUUGCAGUUUCCCUCACCUAAGAUACUUUUUUUUAAGGAACUACCAUGACAUUUUUAGUAUAGCUUUUAAAAUAAACUAUUUUGUGGUGAUCUUUGUUUGAAAUUCA